AUGAGCGCUGAGAGCCAACAAUCUAGGCCACUUUUGCCUGAUGGAAAUGGCGCUUUGCCAUCGGAACGGCCGAUCCAUUCGGACAACAAGCAGACACCUUCCCAGUCUCUUCACAAGUUGCAACAAUCUCCAUUAUCGCAUUGGCGACCUCCAUACCUACGACGGAGAGUGCUGGCCAUCUUUUGCGGCAUCUUCAUUGCGCUAGUCAUCGCGCUGUCCGUCCUCUUGUCAGUGUCAAACAAUAAUACGGGCCUGGCGACCGGCUACCAGGGCGAUCAUUACCUAUGGACCUAUGGGCCGACUGCUAUUCUUACCGUAAUCGCAGCCCUGUUCAACCGGGUCGAAUAUCAAAGCAAAAUGUUUGCUCCGUGGGAGAGCUUAUCCAGACAGCAUCCUGCGAAAGGAGUCGACAGUGUGGUCCUUGAUUAUAAUUCUCACCUCCAGCCGGUCGCUAUUCACCAUGCUAUCCGGAAAAGGCAUUUCACCGUUGCGAUUGCAACCACAGUCUCGUUGCUAAUCAAGCUCUUGAUUGUCCUGUCUACUGGCCUCAUCACCUUAUUACCAAUGGAAGUGAUCGAUCACUCGUAUUCAAUGAUACUAGAAAACGAGUUUCGUUACAGCAAAACGAGUAGCUUAGGCUUUGGCCCAGCCGGGAACGUCACAUCCCCACUCUACAUUAUGCAAAGCCUCCAAGGAAAUACUGGGGAUCGCCUCGAGUUUGUGACUGGCCUAUUUAAAAACUUUGCGUUCCCGUCAUUAUCUACAAAUCUUCCUGCCGUCGCCAAAUUUCGAGCCACAGUCGACGGACUGGAAACCUGGCUGGAUUGCAAUCCAGCCAAUUUGACCCUGCCCGACUUUGGUGGAGAUGAACGUGAUUUUCCGGCAAUUUAUCAAUAUGCACCACGCACCGACAUUACACUGACUUCUUCGGACUGUCAAAUGACACUCUCGCUGAGGGAUCCUCCCUGGGACGAUGCUCCGGGACCAGACCAAAGAAGGUUUUCGCGUUUCGUCGAGCAGCAGUGCGAUGGUACGACAGGCGAUGCCGGCAAGCGCAUGGCACUCGUGACUGGAGUUCUCGAGUAUUUCAUCAACGAGACCGCGCCAAUUUCCUCUGACUGCGACAGCUGGUCUACGUGUCAAAACAACCAAACGUACCAAGAUGCAAUUCGGACACGGGGAAGACUAUUGCAGUCGGCGCAACUACUUUGCAAGCCGGCAUAUCGCAUUACCAAGAUAAAUGUCGUCGGAAACGGUACCUCCACUCUGAGUUUGGAGCCCGCGAUUGGAUUCCCCAACGUGACGCUUGUGACAGUCACUGCGUGGGACAUUGCCACCGCCCAUUUUAGGUCAUAUGCGGCCGCCGUCGACUCAGCCCCUUCGAAAGAAGUGCGAACGAACGACGGCAAGACGGUAGUAGAUUAUGACGUAUACUCCAAGGGUAUUAUCGCCAGUCUCCAGACAUCAGAUACAGAAGUGGAUUGGGUAUACGACCAAGGACACAUACAAGAGCUUCUUGACGCCUACUACCGGCAGUUUGGUGCCAUAAUCGGUCAGCAAAUGCUACUGGAGCCCGCAUCCAUCCCGAUGAUUGGAUCUGCCACACUCGUCAAAAAUCGUCUCGUCGUGCAGCAGUGGCCUGCAGAACUGAUGAUCGGAGUCGUUGUUGUCUCUCUGCUUCUUACACUGCUGGCCAUUUUGACAGUUCCACAGCAUGGCGUUUUGCCUCGGAGCCCAAACACGUUACUUGGGACAGCAGUCAUUGUUUCCCACAGUCCCGGUCUCUUGGCAAUGUUACGCGACUUUGGAGAUGUAGCGUCCCAUUCCUUGGGAAAAACUUUGCAUCAAGCAGUUUUCCAUACCAGAAUAAUUGACAAUCUAGCCGACAAUGAGAAGGUAUUUGCCAUGAUCUGGAACAAACCGGUUCGAGUAGGUUCAACCAAUAUGCCAAGAAAGAUUGGCCAGGAAAAGUCGGACCAAAAGUAUCCUCGCAUCCUCCACCUGCUUCCCCGGCUGGGCUUGUUUCUUAUUUUGUUGGCAUUUACUGUUUCCCUCGAAAUGACACUGCGUAAGUCCAACGUCAAUAACGGUUUGGGAAGUGCCGGCGAAAAUUCCAGCAUACAUUACCUAUGGACAGCAAUGCCUACCAUCAUAUUUGGCGGUCUCGCUAUGGUCUUCUCGUCCAUGGACUUCAACACUAGGACUAUAGCUAUGUAUUGGAAGCUGUCGAAAACAGUCACGACGGAGAUCUUUGUGGAACUGGAUUUCCUGGAUGUUUCCAUCCUGAGAGCAAUGUACAGGGAAGCCAGAUUUCGAAGCUUUGGCGCUCUAGCCAUGACCACAUUGAUGCUAUUUGCAUCACUCUACACGAUAUUUGCUGGUUCGCUCUUUCAAGCAGUUCCAUACCCCAUGACAUUUUCAACAAGCUUGCAAGUCAAUGGUUCCAUGUCAACAAACUCCUCUCUGUACACGGCUGCGGACGAUGAAUUCUUGCAAGAUGUCGGCAAUACAGUCUCAUUGAUCAUGUCUGCCAAUCUAUCAUUUCCACAGUUCACAUAUAAGGAUCUCACAUUCUCUCAGUUCAUGCCAGCCAUGCUUCCGACGACCAAUUCGACAUUUGAUGCAUCCACUGUUCCUAUAACGGCAGUCAUUCCGGCAGUCAGACCCGCUUUCGACUGUAGAUUAUAUGGUCGGGCUGAUAUACAGUCCAAAGUUAUUAUGAACUACACGGCUGAAGCAUCAUCUGAUAAAGAUGCGGAAGGAAAUCUGAUUCCAACAAACCCUCUCGAGUUGAUGAUACAGGACGAGCAGUGCAACUAUUUUUACAGGGAUCCAAAGCAAGUGGGGGAUCUUUUCAAGUGGAACUUUACGCUGGUUAUCUGGGAUGCCACCAACGUCACGUACUUUGGAGGAGGGUUUACUGACGAUACUAAAUGUAGCGAACUGUUAUACAUUUGGGGCCAUCUCGGCCAUCCAGAAGAUGGCAACAUCACGGUACAACACGUGGCGGCUCUGGGUUGCAACCAAACUCUUGAAGUUGUCGACGUGGAUGUUCAUUUUACUGGGGCUGCUCUCGAAAUUGAUUCGAAGAACCCGCCGAAUCCCCGGGACGAAUCAAGACGAAAAACAGCCGUAAAGGUUGACACAGCUGGUCUGUAUGACUAUCUUCCCGGCUCACCCCUGGAUAAUGAUAUCUACCUCAACCAUUUCUUCAGUCCGCUCAUUUACUCGCCCUGGGCUGUACCUUUGCAAAUGCUUGGCAACGCUAGCAAUGACAAGGAUGUUCAAGAUGCAGCACUCUCACAGCAAGGAAUUCUUGUGUCUCAAAUGCUCAACAAGCAGCGGGUGUAUGGUAACACAACCGAUAUGAUGCCCGGCCUCUCUUCUGAAGUGCAGGGCGCCAAUGAUGCACGAUCAUACAAUGCGUCCGGCAUCGACGCAACAAGCUCGAGACGCGUAGUGCAGGAUCCAGUUUCAACGCACGUUCUCGAAGCGUUACUCAUAGCAUCGGCACUGCUGCUGAUAGUAGCCUGGGCGCUCGAACCGAGGACCGACAUAGUACCACGAGAUCCGCGAAGCAUUGCCAGUAUGGCAGCUGUGAUAGCUGGUGGCAAUCUUCUCGACUUGAUUCCCGCAGAUGUGCAGCGCCUCAGCGACAAGGACCUGAAGGACGCGCUGAGACCCGACACCAAGUUUUGGCUCGGCAGGGGAGUUGCACCGGGUGGCAAGCCGCUUCUACAAGAAGAUUCGGACGGAAUGGACCGAUUUGGAUUAUACGCAAGAUAA